AAGAAAUUGCCCAUAAUAAGACUAAAACAUACUUAAAAAGCCAUAAUAGGACUUAGCAUGUUUAAUUCCCCUAAUAGGAGUUAUACGGUCCUAUGCAGACGUUUCGCAGUUUAGCUAAUGUCUAUAUUACCCCUGUUUCUAUUUUUGCUAUUCGGUUGGGGGGUUUACCGGCUAUUUUCGGUUAUUGCGUGUGAAAGCAUUUAUUAGUUUCCUUUUCCGUUUUUGAUUAAGAUUCUGCAUAAGAAUUAGUUUCCUAAAUCAGUUGGGACAUGAUUCAAUUUAUUUGCUCAUUCGUCGUUUUCUCCUGCAUUCUUCUUUUUCCGCCAUUGUUUGAAGUUGGAGUUCGUUGAGGCGGUUAAGCUGUUCGCCGUUCUGCUUUUCAUUCAUCUUCUUCUGCUGUUCAUCGUUCUGCUCUUCGUCGUUUUGUCCUGCUUUUCAUUCAUCUUCGUUCGUUUGCAGAGAACCUUUUUCCACAAUGGAUCCUGUUUUAUUUGUUAUGGUCAAGGUGGAUGGUUUUUGGGAUUCUGACUAUGUGUUCAUCAAUGUCCACACAUGUGGUCUUCAUGUUAACUAUGGUGUUCAAUAUACUUCUUUUGUUGAUAUGUUGACUGGCAUGUUUUUUCAGUACAAACCAAAUCAUAAUUUCAGGCUUUCUUAUAUGCGAGAUGGAUUCCCUCCUCCUGUUACUAUAAAUGAUCAAUCUAGCUUAACAUUUUAUCUUUAUAUCAAGUCUCUUCAACCAGAUUUUUUAAAGUAUCCUCUUUGUGUUGAGUUUUAUCCUGUCUCUUCUUCCUCUGCAUUUUCUGUUGAUGUUGAACGUUCCAUUUUUCCUCCAACUAAAAAUGUUGUUAUUUCUCCACAACAACUUACCACUUAUACUAUACCCUUCUCCUCACCUCCAACUUCUGUUGUUAAUCUUUCAACUCAUUCACUUUCUGUUGAUGAGAAUGUUGUUGAUUCUUCCCAACAACAUGCCUCCUCACCUGCACUCUCUUUUGAUGAUAGCCCAUCUUUUUGCACUGAAAAUGUUAACCUCUCUGGUACACACUCUCAAGAUGUUGCUUUUUCUAGUAACACUGUGUCUAGAGCUGUAGAAAUUGAAACGUCUAAAGACAGUGAUGAAGACACAGAUGACAUGACAGAUGGCUUAGUAAUAGAAUCAUGUCAAUCACUCUCAUUUCUCCACAAUUUUGAAGUCAUCACACACUCCCAUCCUACUUCUCUUGUUCUCUAUGCUAUUUACAGAAGUAAAAAAGACCUUAUCCACCAUCUGAAGCUCUAUGCUAUCACAAACCACUUUCAAUACAGAACUAAGACCUCUAGGAAAAUAUCUUUACAUGUUAUUUGCUUAGAUCCUGAAUGUCGUUGGACUGUUCGAGCUGUAAGACUACAUGGUGUAGAAAUGUUUCAAAUCAGAAGGUAAUUCUAUUUUCCUUCUUUGUUUGACUUCAUUGUAAAUUCUUGUUUAUCAGAAUGUCAUGUAUUGAUGACAUUCUUACACAAGAAUGCCAAAUAUAUAUUAGUCAGUUGUAUAGUAAUGCCACUUUUUUGUCCUUUUAGAUUCCGUCCAGAACACACAUGCUCUAUUGAUUAUAAACAAGGCAAACAUAGACAGGCAACUGCUAAUGUGAUAGCACAACUUAUUGCACACAAAUACCUUGAUGCUUCCAGUAAACCAUACCCACCAAAGCAAAUUCGUGAAGACAUGAGUGUGGAGUAUGGAAUUUCCAUGUCAUACAAAAAAUCUUGGAAAGCACAGAAGAAAGCAAUGCAGCUCCAAUUUGGUUCUGAUCUUGAUUCCUAUCAGGUUUUGCCUUCUGAUCUUAAAUGCAUUUUUUUGCCAUUUAGUGUUUAUGAGUUGUGUUUUGGCAUUUUGUUUACUUUUAACUGACAUAUAUGAGAUUUGAUGGCAGUUAUGGUACACACUUGUUCCAUUCGAUUUUAACAUUUCAUUUACAUGCAUUGUUCGUUAUAUUUUUAGGCAUUUACAUCUCUCAAUUUUGUUAUGAUCUUGAAUCAGGUUUUGCCUUCUAUGGCUUAUGUGCUUAAGAAAGCGAAUCCUGGCUCUAUUUUUGAUCUAGUCACAGGGCAGGAUGAUGCAUUUUGUACCUUUUUUAUGUCAUUCAGUGCAUGGAUAGAUGCUUGGCCCUACUGCAGACCUGUUCUUAUAUUGGAUGGUUCUUUCCUCAAAGGUUACUAUAAAGGCACUCUUCUUACAGCUUGUUGCCAAGAUGCCAAUGAUCACAUAGUUCCUAUUGCAUUUGGUAUUUGUGAUUCUGAAACAAAAGCUUCUUGGAAAUGGUUUUUAUCCAAAGUCUCUCAGACAAUAAAGUACAGACAUGACCUUUAUGUAGUAUCUGAUAGGCAUAAAGGGCUUAUAAAGGCUGUUUCUGAACUCUUGCCACAUGCUAGCCACGGUUUUUGUGUUGCUCAUCUGCGUCGUAACAUGACACCAAAAUUCAGAGGAUCUACAGCUGGUUUGGGAUGGAAGUUCAAAGCUGCCUAUAUGGCAGCAACUGUUAAAGAAUAUCAUGACUACUUAUCCAUGUUGGAUUCUGAAGACCCCAGGAUAAGGACUUGGCUAGAGAAACUAGGUGUUAACACAUGGGCAAAAGUAAUGUCUGGACCAAAGAGAUAUAAUAUUAUGACAUCCAAUUGUGCUGAAUCUAUGAACAAAGUCAAUGUAUGUGCAAGAGAGUAUUCUGUGUCUAAAGUUGUUGAUUUCUUGCGUGAAAGGAUGCAACAAUGGUUCACUGAGAGGAAAGAAAAGGCUGAGAAAACAAGUACUAUACUCACACGGAAGUGUGAGAAACGUAUUGUAGCUUUGCAAGCUGAAGCUACACGUAUGAAGGUAUGUCAAAGUUUAUUCUUUAACCAUAAGUCAGUUCACAUAUUUAUUUCUCCUUAUAUAAUUCCACUUUGGUUAUCAAUAUGUCAUUUGGCUUUAGAAUCUGUCAGUUUGUGUCCUUCUAUUAGUAUAUUGGUUUGAUAAUUUGUUUUUCUUCUACUUUGAUAUUCAUAUUUUGUCUAUUUCCUAGGUAAAACCAUCAUGUGCCUAUGAAUUUGAAGUUGUUGAUAGAAGAUGCACUUCUUUUGUGGUCAACCUCAAUACUAGAAGUUGUACUUGCGGCCACUUUCAACUAGAUCACUUUGUUUGUGCUCAUGCUGUUGCUGAAAUUGCUAUACGCCCACAUCUGUCAUGUUAUACUUAUAUUUCACCUUAUUACACUAGAGAUGCUUGGCUUGCUACAUGGUCUGGUAUUAUGCAUCCAAUUGCUGAUCGUGACAGGUGGUCCGUUCCUGCUUCUAUUCAAAACCAACGAUGCAAGCCACCAACUUGUAUGAAACGUCCUCCUGGUCGCCCGAAGAAAUCUAGGAUUCCAUCCAUUAGAGAAUAUAGAGGUUCAAAAAGGCAAAGAUGUUCUAGAUGUCAUGUGCUUGGGCAUAAUAAGAAAACUUGUAGGAAUCCCAUUCCAAUCAAUACCCAUUGAUGUCAUGGCUAAUUGAUUGCAUCAUAUACUUUUAGGAAUUUUACUAUGUGGUUUGGAAGUAGUUGUCAUUUGUUUAAAUGUUCUGACAUUUAGUGUUUAUGAGUUGUCUUUUGGCAUUUUGUUUAAACUUAACUGACAUAUUUCAUAUUUGAUGGCAGUUGUGGUUCACACUUGAUGCCAGUUUGUUAUGAAUACAUUUCAAUGUCAUAUUUCACAGUUGAUGUCAGUUGACUUAUGGUUUGGCAUUUUGUUUAUUGUUAAUUAACAUAUGUCAGAUUUGAUGGCAUUUAAGUUUCAAAAAAUGAAUUGUUAACAUGUCAUUUACAUGUUAAGUUGUUCCAUUUCAUUUCGACAUGUCAUCGUUCUUUAUACCUAUUAAAAGUUUUAGUAAACAAUUUAGUGUAAUAUUUUUAGCCAUUUGUCAUUUGACAUCCUAACAAAUGUCAACUAAGUGUCAUUUUUAUGUCAUUUGCAUGUUGUAGGUACUCAAAUCUGACCCCACUAACAAUCCAUGCAUAGAUGAAU